AUGGCUGCCUCUGCAGAGUCCGUUGAAGCUCCGGAUCGCGUGUUGUUGGAAGGCCAGGCGGAUGCUGCCUAUGGCUCGACAUCGGCUCAGGGCCGUGAAGGGAGCCGCAGCGACGCUCCUCGCCUCUCUCCCGAGGAGGUCCUUAAUGAGUACAUGAAGAUCAUCUUGAAUGCUUUCCUCAGAGGGUUGGCACCUCUCUUUGCAGAAGCUCUUGGCACCUUUGCCCUGGUGUUCACUGUCGGAUGCGUGGUCACCUCACCGACUCCGUCGCCAUGGGGCGCAACAUCCAUCGCCUCGGUACUGAUGGUCAUGAUCUAUGCCACGGGGCCGAUCUCGGGUGGGCAUCUCAACCCGGCGGUGACGUUCGCCAUGGCCCUGUUGGGGAAGAAGUCCUUUGGAGGCAUGAUGAAGUACUGGCUCUUCCAGUUCAUGGGGGCCUUUCUCGCCGCGGCCGUCUACAAGAUCGUCUGCGCACCGCACCUGGCAGUGGUGGCCCCUGUGCCUCCCUUCAACGCAGGCUACGCCGCCGGGGGUGAGCUGCUCUACACCGCCAUGCUUGUGUUCGUUGUGCUCUGCUGCGCCGUGGCAAAGAGGAACACGCCGAACCAGUUCUAUGGCCUGGCCAUCGGCUUCGUGGUCUUGGCGGGAGGCCAUGCUGUGGGGCGCAUCUCGGGGGCUGCUCUCAAUCCGGCGGUCUCGGUCACUUUGGGCCUGGGCAGUGGUAAGGACCCACACUGGGCCUUGGUCUGGUUUGGUGCCGAGCUCGCCGGUGCUGCCGUGGCUGCUGGAGCUUACCGUCUACUGCGGCCAGAAGAGUUUGGGAAGUCCGCUGGCGACCAGCCAGACCUCAAGACACGCUGUUUGGCUGAAGCAUUUGGGACCUUUAUGCUGGUUGUCACGGUCGGCCUGAACAUCGUCAGCGGAUCUCGUGCCACGGCCUACUCCGCCGCUGCUGCCCUCAUGUGCAUGAUCUACUCCCUGGGAAAUGUCUCCGGUGCCCAUCUCAACCCAGCGGUCACCCUAGCAGUUCUCGCUGGCGGCCGUGAGAAGAUCUCGCGACAUGAUGCUGCAGGCUACAUCCUGGCUCAGAUUGCCGGGGGACUGCUUGCAGGAUUGGUUUAUGCCGCUUACCACAUGGGCUCCGCCGUUGCGGACAAGUCGAUCAAGCUCGUCCCGGGAAGUGGCUUCGACUUGGUGCAGGCCUCCAUCGCGGAAAUGAUCGUCACGAUGAUUCUGGGCUAUGUCGUCCUCUGCAUCGCCACCGUACGGGAGCCCCAUGCCAAAGACCUCUUUGGACUCAUCAUCGCCUCCACGGUCACCGGCGGGAGCUUUGCCGUGGGCUCCGUCUCGGGAGGUGAGCUGAAUCCCUCGGUGGUCCUCGGCCUCAUGAUCGGGAACGUGGUGAACCCGGGCAAGGGGGGUAUGGGUCCCGUGGGAAGUUGGGUCGCCCUGCUCUUUUCAGAGCUUUUCGGCGGCCUGCUGGCCGCAUGCCUCUUCCGGAUGACGCACCGCGGCGAGUUCAUUGAAGUGGCCAAGGAUGGCGAGGACAAGGAUGAUGGUGCGAAGGGAUUGGAGAAGGACACGCAUCAGAAGGAGGCCAUGGACGUGGAAGAUGCUGCUGGAGAGAUGGCGAAAGAAAAGGGAGCAAGGCUGGUCCAGCGCCAGUCCAAAGAGCUGCUGGCGGAGAAAGCUGGCAAGCUGAGGGCGCAGGCAGAGCUCCAGGAUCAGCAGGCAUCCUUACACCGGGCCAAGAUCGCUGCCGACCUCGCAGGAGUUGCCAAGUCUUCUUACUCUCUGCUGGGCAUCGCUGGGAAGAGUGUGGCAGAAUUCAGCCUCGACGCCUUGAAAGACCAGCUUCUGGGCGGAGCGGUCUACUUUGUCCUGGUGAUGCUUGCGGCAUACCUUUAUGUGACCUGGUGCCACUAUCCCUACCCUGUGCUGAAGAACAAGCCGGCGGUCACCCGGGAGGGCUUCACUUUCAGCUUGUGGGAGAUGUGCAACUUCGAUAAAGAUGCGCCAUCGAAGGAGAUCAUGCGGGACAUGCGCAUCCCCUUCUUCUCCUGCCUGUGCUCGCCGGUGCGUUGGGCAGACACUGCGAGCUCGGCGAAGAUUAACUUCUUGCCCUUCUGGACAGGCGUGUUCCUCGUGACAUUCCUGAAUGCCCUCACCGCUGCCUCUUUCUAUGUGACCGCUCUCAUCUACAUGUUCAUGGCUGCAAACCAUCGCCAGCUCAUCCGACGGAUCUAUGGCAUGCCGCACGGCACUUGGAGGACCUACACCGAGGACUGCUGCACUUGGAUGUGGUGCUCUUGCUGCGCCACGAUGCAGGAGGCCAUGGAGAUUCAGUACGUGGACCCUGUGAACAAGCCGUGGCAGCAGAGUAUGGUCGACUCGGUGGUGCCCUCGGCCUUCCAGACCGAGAAGGAGCCAGAGGGGGGGAGCGUGGAGCGGCGCCAAAACACCAGCUGCUGCUGA